AUGCGGCCAUUCGGGGCUCGCCGACUCGCCUACUCCCAAAUCCUCCUCCCACAACCCCUUCGAGCCACCAUCCCUUGCUCAAGGCGACAAAUCACACAAUCCAGCGCCUCGCAACCAAGCGGUACUCCUCACAAUGAGUCCAAAGAUUUGUCACAUUUGAAUCCGCCGCCCGAAGAUUAUUCACGAUUCAUCUUCCAAGAUAAAUGCUCCGUUACAAUGUACGCUGGCCCUGGUGGGCAUGGCUGUGUGUCUUUUCUGCGCGAAAAAUACAUUGAGGAAGGACCUGCCAAUGGAGGUGAUGGUGGUAGCGGCGGAGGUAUUUACAUCCAAACAGUGGAAGGGCUGACUAGUCUACACAAACUUGCUCGAAGAGGAGUGGUAAAGGCCGGUCGCGGUAAAAAUGGACAAGGAAAAAGCAGAGGUGGCCUACGGGGUGACGAUAUCUUGAUUCAAGUUCCAAUCGGCACAGUCAUCCGUGAAAUCGAGCGCCAUGACCCUGUUGCAGAGGAGAUAGCUCGGAGGCGGCAAGCUUACCUUGAGCAGCAGGCGGAGGGGAGUGAGGAGGGUGAGGAGGGCGCUGCAUUCACUCCAAUUCGUCUUGAUCGCUGGGUUCUCUAUCCCGGUGCGAACCCGUCGGACUUUUUGACGGUGAAGUUUCCUCGUCUCAGACCCCGACGACAGGCUAUCGCUGCAAUGGAGCCCAAAGCACCUAUAUACCUUGACCUGUCUGAACGCAUGGACAAGCCUCUGCUUUUGGCUGCUGGAGGUGCAGGUGGACUAGGAAACCCGGCUUUCGCGACGCGUGACAUGGGUCGGCCACGGUUUGCGUCUCGGGGUGAGGGUGGCAUGAAGCUUCAGCUAGAUUUUGAACUCAAGUUGCUUGCAGAUGUUGGUCUGGUUGGUAAACCUAAUGCUGGAAAGAGUACGCUCCUUCGAUCUUUGACAAAUAGCCGUACCCGGAUCGGCAAUUGGGAGUUUACUACACUGUCUCCGCACAUUGGUACCGUCAUCGUUGAUGACCACAAAGGUCGACCCACGGUAGAGUCCAAGGGCAAGGUCCACCGCAAUAACUUUACUAUCGCCGAUAUCCCUGGAUUGGUAGAAGAUGCCCAUCUUGAUAGAGGCCUUGGACAUGGCUUCCUUCGACACAUUGACCGAGCGGGUAUCCUCGCUUUUGUGCUGGACCUUAGUGCCGGAGAUCCGGUGCAAGAGCUCCAGAAGCUGUGGCAUGAGCUGGGUGAAUAUGAGCGCUUGCGCGAUAAUGAGCCCCCUAAGCCUUUGGAAGAGGAGCCCGAGGGAGUCAUCGAUUGGAACCCAUCUUCGACUGGACUCCCGGAGCUUGAGGAAGGACGCAAUUCACCAAUUGAGACAGCGGCUGACUCUCAUGCAAUCCAUCAUCAGUUCGAUAAACCGGUUGGAUCGUUGCCCCCUCUCGCUAUGCCUCCCGUUCAUACCAAGCCUUGGUUUGUUGUCGCCACAAAGGCCGAUCUUGAACAUACGCAAGAUCAGUAUCGGGCUCUCCAGGAGUACUUGUCUGCCGUACAGAAUGGGACUGCUGAUCAUCCAUCGGGACAUUAUGAUGGUUGGAAAGAAAAAGUCACUGCUCUUCCUGUGAGUGCCAUACGUGGAGAGGGUGUGUCUCGGAUCCCGGAACUGGUUAUGGAGCUUCUCAAUUAA